AUGUCCAACAAUAACAUUAACAACCGCGACAGGAAAAUACGAGAACUCUACAGAUACGAUGAGAUGUCUAAUAAAGUUCUCAGACCUGACAGAUCAUUGGACUCAAACAGUUCAAACCCUUUGAAAGAUGCGGCUGACUCACAGCCUAAGUCUAUGAUAGGCAAAAUUAGUGUGAAGGAAAUGGGUUCAUUUGCAAGACAGGACGUGAGCAGCGUUGACAGGGAGGCAUACAGACAAGAAGCAGUUAGCAAGAUAUCAAACGAGAGGCAGCCAAAAAGGGCGAUUAAUCGGAGCACAUCAAAGUCAACAUUACUUGGCGACGGGUCUGUUGAUAAGCUGCAUUACUACCCCUCUGAUGAAUCGAACUCUGCACGAUACAACGAAAUUGUUCAGCAUAUGGCAACACUUCUUGGGGAUGACUUCCCUCACGAUGUUAUAAUUUCCGGAGUUGACUUUGUUUUAGAGGUUUUGAAAGGUGGAUCUGCGGAAGAGAACUCUAGCAUAAAAAGCCAAAAAGCUCUGAUCGAAAAUAGCAUUUCAAUGUCGGUGCCCGAGAAGUGGUUUCAUGAACUCAUUAAUUUGGCAAAAGAAAUAUCUGAUUAUGACCGCCCUUCUCAUGAGACAACUAGAACAGAUGAUGGUGUUGCGAUUUUGGCCGAUGAAGAUGAUGAAGGUGAUUUUGAAAGCGAUAACGCUCUAAUUAACGAGCUGCAAGAUCAGGAAGAAGAGGAAAAAGUGGAAAAAGAAUUAGGCCAACAAUCAAGUCUUUUUACGGAUGCUGGUGAUGCAUCACAGACCUCUGGCGCCGACCUCGCCGGCAUGCUAGAUCAAGAAGAUGUUAUUGUGUUUUCCGCAGGCGAUGAACAAUCAAAUAACAUGAUUGAAGAAAUACCUAUCUAUGAAGUCGAUGAGCUGUUCUUACUGCGAAAAAUUGCGCUUGAGUUCAAAAAGCAAGAUUCAGCCGAAACUCAAUCACUGUGUGAUGCUGUGUUCGCGCUUUUAGCCGAAAACAGUGACACAUCUAAAUUAGAGGGUGGACUGGCUAAACUAAUAGACUUGAAUCAUUACUCACUUAUCAAAUUUAUCUGCAGGAACCGCCAUUCUAUUUACUGGGGCACAAAACUUGCCAAAGCAGGUUUUGAUCAAGUCUCACAGAUUCUAGAUGAAAUGCGCAGCUUCAAUUUGGUUAGUUUAGUAAACAGCUACGAGCGCAGGAAAACGACUCAGAAAAGGCGACUCGGCCUUGAAGGACAUGGUAUUGAUCAAAAUAGCCAAAGUGAGCUCAAAAAGCCUAAAAAACAAGACAUUCCGAAGACUAUUGACUUACAGGAACUGAAAUUUGAUCAAGGCUCUGAACUUAUGACGACAGAUAGAGUUUCGCUUCCUGCCGACUCUUUUAAAAGAAUCAAAGAAGGAUACGAAGAGAUCCAUAUCCCGCCUCCAUCACGACCAUCUGAAAAUUUCGAUCUCGUGCCAAUCUCUGCUCUUCCUGUGUGGGCAAAGGGUGCCUUUCCUUCCAAUGAAAUGACGAAUUUUAACAGAAUUCAAUCGGAGGUCUAUCCAAUGGCUUUCGGAAACGACGAAAACAUGCUCAUCUGCGCUCCAACGGGAUCAGGAAAAACAAACAUUGCCAUGCUAACUGUUCUACGAGUUCUUUCGCACCACAUGAGCAAGAACAAGGGGAGCUUUGACCUGAAAAGUUUUAAGAUUGUUUACAUCGCGCCCUUGAAGGCAUUAGUGCAAGAACAAGUUAGGGAAUUUCAAAGGAGGCUGGUUUCAUAUGGAAUUAAAGUCGGUGAACUCACUGGAGACUCGAGUCUAACAAGACAGCAAAUCGCUGACUGUACUGUUCUGGUGUCGACACCAGAAAAGUGGGAUAUUGUGACAAGAAAGGCUUCAGGCAAUGAUUACAGCAGCCUAGUUGAACUUUUGAUCAUCGAUGAAAUUCACUUAUUGCAUGAUGAAAGAGGGCCUGUUUUAGAAGGUAUCGUGGCGCGUAGCUUGCGAAACAUUUUUUCCAAGGAAAGAUUAAGAAUCGUCGCGCUUUCAGCCACGCUACCUAACUACAGUGAUGUAGCAAGAUUUUUGCGUGUGCCGCAUUGUAACACCUUCUACUUCGAUUCUUCUUUUCGCCCAUGCCCUCUGGCCCAACAGUUUUGCGGAAUCACAGAGACCACCGGAAUAAAAAAGAUAAAUGCAAUGAAUCAAGCAUGCUACGAUAAACUUCUCGAAGUGGUACAACAGGGUCAUCAAGCCAUUGUAUUUGUUCAUUCGCGUAAAGAUACAGUUAGAACUGCGACGUGGCUUAAGAACAAGCUAAUUGAAGAAGAAAAAAUACCACUCUUCAGGAAGUCAGAACCAGGCUCCAGAGAAAUUUUGCGACGGGAAGCGGAAAACGCGUCUGACAAACAUCUCGCGGAUCUUCUUCUCCAUGGCUUUGGAAUCCACCAUGCAGGUCUGACGAAAUUUGACAGGUCUUUGUCUGAAGAUCUCUUCGCCGACGGACUACUGUCAGUCCUUGUGUCCACAGCGACACUUGCAUGGGGUGUCAACUUACCAGCUCAUGCAGUUAUCAUUAAAGGAACUGAUAUAUAUUCGCCAGAAAAGGGUACGUGGACGCGGCUCUCCCCACAAGACGUGUUACAAAUGCUGGGAAGAGCUGGGAGACCUAGAUAUGAUACAUUCGGAGAAGGUAUCAUAAUAACACAAAGUACAAGUGUCCAGUACUACUUGGCCAUGCUUAAUCAGCAGCUACCCAUUGAAUCCCAGCUCAUCUCAAAAUUAGCUGACAAUUUAAAUUCUGAAAUCGUGCUCGGAAACAUAACAUCCAGGAAAGAGGCAGUUGACUGGCUGGGCUAUACAUAUCUUUAUGUCAGAAUGCUGGGAAGCCCCGAGUUGUAUGGCAUUCAGGGCGAUACAGUGUCCUACGACAAAGCAUUAAAUGGCUACCGCAACAUACUAGCACAUUCUGCAUUGCAGGUUCUCAGUGAUAGUAGGUUAACACUAUAUGACGCGGUUGAGGGAUCCGUCAAGCCAACAGAGCUUGGACGCAUUGCUUCUUACUUUUACAUCAAAUACCACUCUAUCUCGAGUUACAAUUCCAUGCUUAAUGAGCAUCUUACUGCAAUUGAGGUGCUUCAGGUUUUCUCCAAUUCAGACGAAUUCCGAUAUAUUCCAGUGCGCGAGGAGGAACGCCUGGAGCUACAGAAGCUUGUUGAAAAAGCUCCUAUUCCGAUACAGGAAGCACCUGACGAUCCACAUGCUAAAAUAAAUGUUCUUCUUCAAUCUUUCAUCUCACGAUCAAAAUUGGACGGUUUUGCUUUGAAGUCAGACAUGUUAUACAUAACGCAAAGUGCAGGACGAAUUAUGCGCGCACUUUUCGAACUAAGUUUGAAACGGGCUUGGUCUAGGCUCUCCAAAAUUCUGCUCACAUUGUGCAAGUCUAUUGAAAUGAGGGCUUGGAUUACUAACUCGGCACUUAGACAAUUUAGAACUUGUCCAGCUGAAGCAAUACGACAUGCAGAAGCAUCAUUUCUUCCUUGGCAAGAUUACCUACAGCUAUCCUCUCCUCGCGAGGUUGGUGAGCUUUUAAGGCUGGAAAAGCACGGAAAGCUGGUUUUUGAUCUUUUACAGAAAUUCCCCAAACUGGAAACUCAAUGCUCAGUUCAGCCAAUCACCCCAAGUGUUUUGCAGUUCCAGCUUGAGAUUAAACCUUCUUGGAGCUGGGAUAGGAAAGUCCACGGUUUUAGUGAAUCAUUUUGGAUUUUGUUGGAGGAUGAAAUGGGCGAAAAACUGCUUUACUAUGACAGAUUCACAGUCAAAGAAAAACACGUAAAUAAAGAACACUUCAAGGACUUUACGGUGUUCCUAAACAACUCUCAACAACAGAGACUUCCACUCAACUUUUUCAUAUCUUUAGUGUCAGACAAAUGGAUGCAAAGUGAAGCCAGAAUUCCGGUUGUUCUAGAAAAUGUCAAGCUUCCAAAAAAAUUUCCAGCUCCAACCCCGUUGCUUGAUCUCGAGAGAGUUUCAGUCUCGGAGCUAUGUUCCGAUGAAUUUGAGAGUGCUAUCAACUUGAUUCAUUUUAACAAACUACAGAGCCAAGUUUUUCCAACUUUGUAUGAGACAAACGAGAACGUUCUUAUAGGCGCAGCCCCAGGCAAUGGCAGAGCAGUAAUGGCCGAAUUGGCGUUGUUCAAAUUAUGGCGUCAUGCUGGCAAUCGUGCAGUCUUUGUAUGCCCCUCUGAGAAUAAAAUUGAGGUAUUAUUAAAGAGUUGGCAACGCAGGUUUAGUAGUUUGGCUGGCGGUAAGUCGAUCAAUAAGUUCACUGAGGAUAACUUGGUGAAUCUCAAACUCUUGGGUGAGAGCCACUUGAUCCUUUGCACUCCUUCCCAGCUUGACCUUGUAUCCCGCAAGUGGAAACAAAGAAAGAACGUCCAAAAAAUUGAACUUUUAAUUUUGGACCAAGCACAUCUUGUUGGUAACGGCCUACCGGGAGCUGUUUAUGAAAACAUUAUUUCCAGGAUGACAUUCAUUUCGGCGCAACUCGAAACAAAACUCAGAAUAGUCGCUCUUUCUAACCCUGUGGCAAAUAGCAGAGAUUUUGGAGAAUGGAUGGGAGUUAGGAAAGAAAAUAUCUUCAACUUCUCACCAAGCGACAGAGGAAAUGCUUUGCAAAUUCAAAUACAAUCAACUGAGCAAUAUUUAAAUCAUCGCUAUCUUGCCAGGAAGUUCGUUUGGCCCCAAUUCCAAGAUUUGCAACUCACCAAUGAAAAACCACGCCGUUUAGUCGUCUUUACAUCAUCUAGAAAACACUGUGUUGAAACAGUCCUAGAGAUUAUGAAGACGGGCGCUGCUCAAGACUUCGAACCAUUGGCAAAAGGCAGUCCCAUCUUUGACAACCUGGACGCAAAGAUGUCAAGCAAAAUGCUAUCGGAAGCUGCUUCGUGGAAAAUUGGCUGCUUACAUGCUGGUAUGACCAGCAAGGAGAGGGACACGAUGAAGAAACUGUUUGCUGACGGGGGCCUAAAUCUUUUAGUAGUAUCCCGCGAAGAAUCAUAUGAAGGACUAAAGGCCAAUUCUGUAAUUCUGCUGGGAACCAGCUAUUACGAAGGUAAAGAACAUCGUUAUGUUGAUUAUACCAUGAACCAAAUGCAAGAAAUGAUCAAGGUCGCAUGUUUAAGUCCCAGUAUGAAUAAAGCGUUGGUUUUUACUUCGCCAAAGAAGAACGAGUACUACAAAAAGUUUCUAAGUGAACCCUUACCUGUUGAAAGCUUUAUGUAUUAUCACUUGCCUGACGCUAUAUCCUGCGAGAUUAGUACGGGCGUUGUUGCGUCCAAACAGGAUUGUAUCGAUUGGUUGACAUACAGUUUGUUUUACAGAAGGCUUUAUGGAAAUCCCAGCUUUUAUGGUGUUAAGGAUGUGUCGCCUUUAGGUAUUUCGGCGUUUUUGACAGAGGUUGUCGAAGAUGUUGUCGAAGAUUUGGUUGAAUUCUCUAUAAUAGAAGCUGAAAAAACAGAAUAUUCCGAAGAUGGGUCCAGCGAAGGCGAGGAGGAUGUACUAGUACCUCUAAAUGGCUGCUUGAUUAGCUCACAUCACAAUAUCUCAAUUUCAAGCGUGAGAAUUUUCCAUCGCUCUUUGUCUAAGACUUCUGGGUUGAGAAGUAUGCUAGAGGCAAUAUCGAGUACUAUCGAGUUGGAAAGCGUCCCGGUUCGUGAGAGCGAGGCUGAGGUACUGCGGUCACUGUACGAAAAAGUGCCAGUUAAGUCUUCGAGAGCUGAAGAUUUUGAGUCACCAGAAAUGAAGGUGUUCAUCCUAUUGCAAACUCAUCUCUCCCGCAUUCAAUUGAAAAAUGAACUAAAGAGGGACAUGGAAGACAUUUUAAAAGCAGUUCCUAGAAUUGUGAGCGCUCUCGUCGACUUCCUUGCCGGCGAAGGAAACCUCAACGCCACGACUGCUAUGGACUUAUCUCAAAUGUUAACUCAAGGUAUGUGGGAUACCGACAGUCCUUUGUUGCAAAUUCCUUUCUUUGACCUGCACAUGGUCAACAAGUGCAACGAAAAAGAUGUGGAGACUAUUUAUGAUGUUAUGGCGUUAGAAGACGACGAGAGGGAAGAACUUCUAAAUUUUGACAACGAUAAGUUGAACUGCAUAGCAGAGUUUGUGAACACGUAUCCAAACAUUGAACUAACGUAUUCCAUCGACCUAUCCAAGCCGCUGGAAGCUGGACGGCCAUUCAAAAUUUUGGUGACUUUGACAAGAGAUGAAGAAGCGGAAAGCCUCGACGUUGUAGCUCACAGAUUUCCUUUUUCUAGAAAAGAAAACUGGUGGAUUGUUGCUGGAGAAGCGUCCAAGAGGGAAUUAUUUUGCAUAAAGAAAGUCUCUCAGGCCGCGGAGGUUAAAGAAUAUGAGCUUGAGGCGACCAUACAUGAAAAAGGGAGACAGAAGCUAACGUUAUGGUGCGUCAGUGAUUCAUACCUCGAUGCUGAUAAAGAAGUAUCUAUUGAGCUCAAUAUUACGUAG